CGUUACACACCAUAGUAACACCAUUCUCCUUCAAACACAAUUACGAUAUUUGACCAAGCAAUGACUCUUCUUAUUUCUUAAUCACCAACCAAUUUGUCAUACCUUCAUCACCAUUAAAAACUCCGAUAAAAAAUAGAGUUUGGUCAUUGUGGAGUUUAGUUGAAGCUUCUGUUGGAUUUUUGAGGUCGUAUUCAGCUAGGUUACAUAGAAUUGAAAGCUCAUCAAUGGAGGAACCUCAGAUUCUUACAGUUUUGACAACUUUCUUGGCUCUUUUCAUUGACUUACUGAAUCUCAAAUAUCACGGUGAUCAAGAUACUCCGUUUCAGGAGCAUCCCAGGAUCGUGCAUUUCGCAUUAGGCGCUUUGGUAAUGUGCUUGUUUCUAUAUGGAUUUGAAAAGAAAUAUCCUCGGUUUUAUCAAGCAUAUCUGCGUUAUGUUCCAUUGGGUGUGGAAUUCUUUGGUUUUCUAUCAGUGGCCAGUACUUCCUCUCUUUUGUUUCCGGACUUUGCUCGGCCAGUUGUGUAUUUCUUCUGCCUUGUUUUACCAGCGGUGAGUAUCUUGUAUUGGAUCUUUCAAAAAUUGAAACAUCAUUUUGCUGAAACACGGUUUUGGGAAACAAGGGUUAUACCCGUUUUAUGCUGUCUGAGAGAAAGGAUAAACUUGGUUUUUGAUCAAGUCGGACCGGAAAUUGUAAGAGCUGGGUUUUUUCUGGGGUUCUGGGUAGUAUUUGGGUGCUUCUCUUCCUAUAAUAAUCGAUAAUUUGGUGCUUUUGGGUAAAUAAUGAUCACUAGUUUUUUGCUGGGGUUUUGGGUGAAUAAU